AUGUUUUUUCUUCUUUCCCAACUGACGGCAGAUAUUUUUGUCCGCGUCGCCAUGCUAAGAACUCACGUAUCUAUCUAUCUAUCUAUCUAUCUAUCUAUCUAUCUAUCUAUCUAUCUAUGUGUUUGUGGGUGGGAACCUGCGUUACAUUACUGUCGCUUUAUUAAUUUUUUCUUUUUCUUUCUCUCUUUUCUUCCGUUCUUUCUUACUCGCUUUCUUACUCUCUUUCUUUCACGCAUUCAUUUUUCUUUCACUCCCUCUCCCUUUUUUAUCACUUUUUAUUUUUCUUUCUCUCUUUCUUACUCUCGUUCUUUCUUUCUUUCUUUCUUUCUUUCUUACACUCUCUCUCUUUUUCUCUCUCCUUCUUUCUUUCUUUUUUCUUUCUUUCUUUCUCUCUUUCUUAUUUUCGUUCUUUCUUUCUUUCUUUCGCUCUCUCUCUCUCUCUCCCUCUUGGUUCCCUCUUCUUUCAUUCGUGUUUUUCUUUCUUUCUUUGGUGCUAAUUUUAAUUUUCAGCGUGGAAUUUGCUUUAUUAUUUUUCUUUUUAUUUCAUAUAUUUUUUUAUCUUUUUCAUUAUCCUUUUCUAUUUUUUCUUCAGUCGUUGGUAAUUUUUUCAAAACUUUCUGUCUAUUUUUUAUGUCAUUCAUCUCCCUCUUUCAUAAUUUUUCUUUCCUUCUCUUUCAAUUCCUGUUUUGGUUUGUUUAUAUUUGA